UGAAUUGUGGUUUUGUUAGCAAACGCAAGAAAAUACACAUUCGUUUUUCUGGAGCAUAUUUUGUGUCUUACAUUAAUACAAGCGGAAUACUAUUCCUUUUGUUGGAGUUAUCUGUAGUUAAAUAAAUAUGGAUAGUGCACCCUGUGUAUUUUUAGGCAUCAAAGUAAAGCCGGGGCCUAUUGAACGGUUUAAAUUAGAAAACUUCGGCCUCGAUAACACUGUCGAGAAUUUAAAAAUUGAGGCCGAAAAGAAGUCUAACGUACCGUCUGCAUCUCUGGAAUUAAUUCACCAUGGAAAAAUUCUCAAACCUGAGGCCACAUUGCAAGACUGCGGGGUGAAGAGUGGUGAAAUGGUGCAUGUUGUCAAAAAGAAAGUGCCGGCUGCUGCGCCUCCACCUCCCACUUACUCGGACGCUGAGUUGCAACAGAUAGCUAACUCGCUGAGAACUUUGGGAUGCACACCCAAUGCUCCUGGGUGGACUAGAGCUAUGCAGCUAUUAAAUGAUGAAUCAGCCAUGAACGAAAUUCUCGAACACGCCCCAUCUCUCAGAGAGGAUUGUGUCACGCUGUCAAUGCUACACGAAGUCGAGUUGCUAGCCGCGUUGGGUGCCAACGUAAGCACCAUGAGGCGAGCAGCCAACGCUCAUCCAGACUUGCCAGCAGCCCUAAGGCAUCUUACGAGACUGGUGCAUACAAGAGCCAAUACUUCUACGUCUAAUGACAAUGUGCCAACAUCAGGUUUCGCAUAUUCUCUCGAAGCAUUGUCUGAAGAUGAAGAUGCGGAUGAAGAAGAAAAUGAAGAAGGGGAAAGGAAUACUAUUACUCAAGAGCAGUUCGCUGCUGCGUUGCAGGCGGCGACCGAGGCAGUUUCAGCCUCUUCAAGCCGCGGCGGCAGCGCCGGCGGCGGUCAAGACUCCCUGCUGCGAUUGCUGCAGGCGGCCGGCGCUGGCUCCGGCCGCAGUGACAGCAAUGAAGAGACGCCUGCUGCUAGUUCUAACACAGGCACCGGUCGCUCUGUGAUCACUCCGGAAAUGUUCAGCGAAGCCAUCUCAGAGGUGUUCAACCGAGGAGGAACAGCCAACCGGCCCUCUGGCACGCCUAUGGAGCAAAGUACUGCAGCAUCCUCGUCAGCGAGCCCUGGAGAAGACUUCUCAUCUCAGCUGACGCGUAUGCACGAGAUGGGGUUACUGGACGACGCACUCAACGUGCGUGCUCUACUCAUCUGCUCGGGCGAUGUCAACGCAGCUAUCAACCUGGUGUUCAGUGGCGCUAUUGCUGACGAAUAGGUCUUUUGAUUUAAUACCCUGUACUAGAUGCACCGAUGGGACAGUCAUACAUUGAAAUCUCAUUGUAAAUCACCUAUUAAACCCAAUGAUACUUGAUAGAUUUACUUUUAAAAUGGAAUUUGAAAAUGUUUGAGGGGAUAUUCUGUGACUGAUUAUGCAAGAUUCCCACCGACCGACCGACCGGUUGGCGCCGGACCGCAUUUUCAACGCGCCUGAUAAAUUUUGUAUCCGCGAGGAUAAGACCGGCUUAUGGACAUACAAUUUAAAAGCGCCCGUUUAGUGGGAAUCUUAUUGUAGCAAUAGACAUGAGUCCAACAGUUUAUAAAAACUAAACUUUCUCCUUGUGAUUUUGCUUUGAAUAACUAUGAUGAUAUAAUUCGUGACGAAUAAAAUUGAAGUGAAACAA